GGGCAUUUUAUUUCGUCUCUUCGAUCCGGCUUUCCAGCUGCACCAGGACGCACUCCCUCCCCCGGUCACGCUUCUCUUGCCCCCGCCGGCCGCCCUUGGUUCGCGUCUCAGCCGUUCCGUUCCACACAUGAUCUUGGUGUAAAUUGUGCUGGAAUGCCCCAGGAUCUGACCUUCAGUCAGAGGAAGCAAAGCUUCCAGACCCCUAAACCUUCCACUUUCUGAAAGCCUGCUGCACUACGAUGCCUUUGGGGUUAAAAUGUCUACAAUGAAGCAAGUUGUCGACCAUAAUGUUGAAAAGACGUUGGGCUGGAGUUACAUUGAAUGGGCGGAAAAUGAAGUUGUCACUUCAGGAGUGGCAAAUGCUGAGACACAAACAGAUCGGGGGCCUUCGGAGCACAAGGAGUGUCAAACCAGCAAUCCGGUGAUAAUGCACAUUGAUCUGACACGGACACACUCCAAGCUGAGGCAUUCACCUUUGCUCGAUCAUGACGGCACGGUAGCACCUUUCUUCCAGUUUGACCGGCAGGCUCCCGGCCGCAUCUCCACCUCUCCCACCUUGAGGAGGAUGAGGAGCACCAGGCGUCCCGUGUUGGACUCCCAGGAUCCCGCGAGGAUGGGUAUCACCCAGGAGGAGCCCUCCGCUGCAUGCUUGUCAUCACCUUUACACAGAGUAAAGUCUCCCCUAGCCACCAGCCCCCUCCUGUCUGGUGGCGAGAUCUGUCAUGAGCAUCCGCCAAUUUCGUCCUGUGGCCGACAGAGAACCAGAUCAUAUAGAUCAAAGAACUUUGACAAUUCUAUCGCUUCCAUGAAGCCGCAGUGUCGCAGUGCUCAUCCUACUGUUAAGAAAGAUUUUGGAUUUCCUGAUAGUGAAUUACAGGAGAAAGAGCAGCGCCCUAAUCGGUUGGAAGAAAGGAGGCGGAGUUCUGUAGUGGUCAGUUUACCUGGCUUGGAUGUUUCACCUGGGGACCUGUUUGUAACCAAUGGAGCAGCUGACUUACUAGACAACUUUUCUGACACAAAGAAGUCAAAGUGGUUUUCAAGGCGUAGCACAACUAAAGGGAAGUCCCAAACAGGCACGACGGUGACGGAUAUUGAAGGAUAUCUCUCAGCAGCCCAAAUCCAAGACUGGAGGAACUGUGACCUUCAAAAGUACAAGGACUACUCUGUAGCAGAGUUCCUGCAGGACCAGUCCUCCCAGUGGAGCGCCACCUCUGACCCUCCCAGCUUUAAAAGACAAGAGGCCAUCUGGGAACUCUUCACCAGCGAGUGUGUUUACUUCCUGGAUCAGCUCAUGGUUCUCAAAGAGGUGUUCUUGGCUACACUCGCUAACCUUCAGACGAGAAGCUGCCUGGUUGAUAUCGACGCCUGGAGGCUAUUUGCAAACCUCAGUGAGCUUUGCUUGGUGAGCUUUGGUUUCCUUAACAACCUGCUGCGCGUCAUCAAGGACUCGCUGGACAUCACCGAUGGUAACCGAGCCACUCUGCUGGAGCUGCUGAGCAAAGCUUUCCGAGAAAGCAUAUGCCACUGCUUGCAGAAGUAUUGCCUCAACUACACCACAGCUUUGCUUUAUCUGGACAGCCUCAAGCCCAGAGAGGACUUUGGGUCUUACGUCAAGUGGUGCGAGAGCAACAAGCAGUGCCGCAGGUUGCGACUGCGCGACCUGCUGGUGGCGCCGUUGCAGAGGUUGACCCGCUACCCGCUGCUCCUACGGAACAUCGCGAGGAGGUUCCACACGGACGAGGAGAGCAGGGAUUUGCAGGCGGUCGCGGACCAAGUGGACAUAUCUAUAUGUGACCUGGAGGGAAAGGUGAAAUGGUUGGACAACUAUCAGAAGGUCAAGCAACUGAGAGACGCACUGGUGUGGCUGCCUGUGUGGGAGUGGGACAAGCGGGCCUUCAUUCCCGAGACUGUGAAACAUCUGCUGAAGGCCGUGACGCUGGAGAAUCUUAUUUCUCACAGAAGUCUGCUGCACGAAGGCAAACUGGUGCUCACAGAGAACACCAAGCAGAUAGACGUCUACCUGUUCCUCUUUGAUGAAUUCCUGCUCAUCACCAAGAUAAAGAGAAACAAGAAGAGGUCCAUUGGACCGGAAGCCAACUCCCUGCGUUUGACGCAGAACCUGGAGCUGGACCAGCUGCUGAAGGAAGGGUGCACCUUCACGGUUCUCGACCAGCCCAUCUCUCUGGACCGACUCCGGCUCAGGAACAUCGAUCAGCUCAAUGCCUCAACAUCAGGGCUGCCUCAUUCUUUUAUAAUUACGCACCAGAACCGCUACCAGCAGUGUAUUGGUGCGUUUGUCCUUCAGGCUGUGUCCGAGUCUUCCAAGAGAGCAUGGCUAUCGAAGAUAGAGGAGGCCGUAUCGGCCCUGCUGAAGCUGGACUCUCGGCAGCCACGAGUAAAAAACGAUUCGCUGUGUUUGGAAUCUUCUCAGAUCUGAAAUGUCCCGCUACACGAGAUGCCAUUGCACAUGCCCAGUUGUCCGCGUGCACUUCACUGUUCCGUGUCACCAAUGACAAUGAUUCCACUAGCAUGUCGUACACAGUCAACUGCUGUAGUAGUCUACCAAUAAAACUUUGGACAUGUAAUACA